GACAGAGAGUGCCGAGCGCCCAGCGAGCGCUCCGACCCGCCGAGGAACCCCAAGGGCUGGUCAGCCGCAAAAUCCGACAUGAAAAUCCUCGUGGCCUUGGCAGUCUUUUUUCUCGCCUCCACUCAACUGUUUGCAGAAGAAAUUGGAGCCAACGAUGAUCUGAAUUAUUGGUCUGACUGGUCCGACAGAGACCAGAUCAAGGAGGAGCUGCCCGAGCCCUUUGAGCAUCUUCUGCAGAGAAUCGCCCGCAGACCCAAGCCUCAGCAGUUCUUCGGAUUAAUGGGCAAACGGGAUGCUGGACAUGGCCAGCUCUCUCAUAAAAGGCAUAAAACAGAUUCCUUUGUUGGACUAAUGGGCAAAAGAGCUUUAAAUUCUGUGGCUUAUGAAAGGAGUGCAAUGCAGAAUUAUGAAAGAAGACAUAAAUAAACUACCUAAUGUAUUAUUCAUUGAGCUUCAUUUGUGUCAAUGGCCAAGGCAAGAUAAAAUGAGACAUGCGCUAUGAGGAAUAAUUAUUUAUUUAAUAAUAAUUGUUGUUUUGAGUUGAAAACUCAAAAAGUAUUUAUUUUUCAUAUUGUGCCAAUAUGUGUUGUAAAAGCGUGUUGUAAUUCUAAUAUGACAACUCGCUCAGAAGUAGAAGUCAGUGGUAAUUUCUCAACAAAGCACAGUAUUCAAUGAAGUUGUAAAAGCCUAUCAGAGCUAUAGUCUCCAAAGAAAGAAACCAUUUCUCUUUGUUGGCAGCAGUCACAUCAGCUACUACUAAAGAAAGGAAACUCACAGAUAGGCUGAGCUUCUCCGUUUGUUUUCGUGGUGAAAGUGUACUGAGACUUGAUACCAAACUGUGUUUGUAUCCCUGCAGCAUGUUUCAUCUUUUGUGACUAUAUAGAGAUGUUUUAAAAGUUUUAAUGUGAUUCUAAGGUCUUUAUUUUAUUGUACAAUGUGUUGUGAUAGUUUACAUUUUAAAUAAAAGAAAAAAAUAUCUUGAGAAUUGGGUCUUAUUCUUUCAUUAACAUUUAUGUCAAAUCAGCAACCUUUCUUUUAGUAGAUGAAAUAUGUUCCAAGCUGUUUUUGGCUGCUAAAUACUGAAACAGAAAACUACUAAAUCUCUCUUUCUUAAGGAAAAUGACCAAAAUGUAAUCCCAGUUUCUCUCACACACACACUUUUGGCACAGGAUCAUUCAUGGAGAAAACAAUUACAUUCUGGUCCCCAAAACAGUUAAGGCUCAAUUCUGUUUAUAUGUGCUUAUGAUUCCCUUUUAUACAUAGGAUAAUCUAUUUCAAAGAU